GGAGGAGGAGGAGAAAGGGGGUAAGGGGGGCAGUAGGAGCCACGGUCCAGAGUGCCGGGGACCGCGCAGGGCCAGCUAGACCCCCGGCGGGGCGGCUGGGAGAGGCUCUGGCCCAGCCCUCAGCAGAGAGGCACUGCACCUUUUCCAGACCCCUGAGACCUGUCCACUGCUGCUGCUCGAGGCCUGAGGGAAUGCUGGCUGCUGUCUGAGUGGGCAUCGCUGCUCCUAAGCCACGCUGGGGAUAUUGGCGUGCCCAGUCCUGGCUCAUCCUGGGGCUGUCGGAAGCUGCAAGCUGAUAUCUGUCCAGAUUUCUGAGCAGCCUCCACCCCCUCAGAGAUCGGUUUUCCUGCUUGUGGUGGCAGCUCACGAAGCACCUUGAGAGAGUACCUGUCAGCCCCUGACAAGAAGCUCACUGCCUGGGACACCAGACACGCUCCCCCAGGACGCCUGGCCCUCUAAAGGACCAAGGCAUGGUACCCUGACACGUUGGCUUAGGCCAAUUUUCCUGCCUCUGCCCUGGACUUCUGAGCCCAGAGCCCAGCCCAGGAACCAGGAUGGGUCGUGAACAGGACCUGAUCCUUGCCGUCAAGAACGGAGAUGUGACUGGUGUGCAGAAACUGGUGGCUAAAGUCAAGGCUGCAAAGACAAAGCUUCUCGGCUCCACGAAGAGACUCAAUGUCAACUACCAGGAUGCUGACGGAUUCUCUGCACUCCAUCAUGCCGCCUUGGGGGGCAGCCUGGAGCUCAUAGCCUUGUUACUGGAGGCUCAGGCCACUGUGGACAUCAAGGACAGCAAUGGCAUGCGCCCUCUGCAUUACGCAGCCUGGCAGGGCCGGCUGGAGCCUGUGAGACUGCUGCUGCGGGCCUCUGCGGCCGUCAACGCCGCCUCGCUGGACGGGCAGAUCCCGCUGCACCUGGCUGCCCAGUACGGACACUAUGAAGUGUCAGAAAUGCUCCUCCAGCAUCAGUCCAAUCCGUGCCUGGUCAACAAGGCCAAGAAGACGCCCCUGGACCUGGCCUGCGAAUUUGGGCGGCUCAAGGUGGCCCAGCUGCUACUGAACAGCCAUUUAUGUGUGGCACUGCUGGAGGGCGAGGCCAAAGACCCAUGCGACCCCAACUACACCACACCCUUGCACUUGGCUGCCAAGAACGGCCACAGAGAGGUCAUCAGGCAGCUCUUGAGAGCUGGGAUAGAGAUCAACCGGCAGACCAAGACAGGCACGGCGCUCCAUGAGGCUGCACUAUAUGGCAAAACCGAGGUGGUGCGGCUGCUCCUGGAGGGCGGGGUGGACGUGAACAUUCGGAACACGUAUAACCAGACGGCACUGGACAUCGUGAAUCAGUUCACCACCUCCCAGGCCAGCCGGGAAAUCAAGCAGCUAUUGCGGGAGGCCUCGGGGAUCCUUAAGGUCCGAGCACUCAAGGAUUUCUGGAACCUCCAUGAUCCCACUGCCCUCAAUGUCCGGGCAGGGGACGUCAUCACGGUGCUUGAGCAGCAUCCUGAUGGCCGCUGGAAGGGCCACAUCCACGAGAGUCAGAGGGGCACCGACCGUGUGGGCUACUUCCCCCCGGGCAUCGUCGAAGUGGUCAGCAAGCGGGUGGGCAUCCUUGCGCCCCGACUCCCCUCCGUGCCUACUCCCCUGCGCCCAGGCUCCUCCCGGACACCGCAGAGUCCUGCUGAUGACUCCCUGCACCCGCUCACCUAUGGCCAACUCCCUCGCGUGGGCCUCAGCCCAGACAGCCCAGCAGGUGACAGGAAUAGCGUGGGCAGUGAGGGCAGCGUGGGCAGCAUCCGCAGUGCUGGCAGCGGGCAGAGUUCCGAGGGCACCAACGGCCACAGCACUGGCCUCCUCAUUGAGAACGCCCAGCCGCUCACUUCCACUGGAGAGGACCAGGUGCUGCCAGGACUGCACCCCCCAUCCCUGGCAGACAACCUGAGCCACCGCCCUCUGGCCAACUACCGCUCCGGGGAGCAGCUCUUCACCCAGGAUGUGAGGCCUGAGCAGCUGCUGGAGGGAAAGGAUGCUCAGGCCAUUCAUAACUGGCUGAGUGAAUUCCAGCUAGAGGGCUACACUGCCCACUUCCUGCAGGCCGGCUACGAUGUGCCAACCAUCAGCCGCAUGACACCCGAGGACCUGACAGCCAUUGGGGUGACCAAGCCUGGGCACAGGAAGAAGAUUGCCUCAGAGAUUGCCCAGCUCAGCAUCGCUGAGUGGCUGCCCAGCUACAUCCCGGCGGACUUGCUGGAGUGGCUGUGCGCGCUGGGGCUGCCACAGUACCACAAGCAGUUGGUGAGCAGUGGCUAUGACUCCAUGGGGCUGGUGGCCGACCUCACCUGGGAGGAGCUGCAGGAGAUCGGUGUCAAUAAGCUUGGUCAUCAGAAGAAGCUUAUGCUGGGAGUGAAGCGGCUGGCCGAGCUCCGGCGGGGCCUACUGCAGGCGGAGACCUCAGGCGAGAGUGGCCGCCGGCUGGCCAGGGGCCCGGAGCUGAUGACCAUCGAGGGGCUGGAGAACGGGGACGGUCCUACUGUGGCUGGCCCACGCCUCCUCACCUUUCAGGGCAGUGAGCUGAGCCCAGAGCUACAAGCGGCCAUGGCGGGGGAUGGCCCUGAGCCACUCCCCCUGCCCCCCGCCCGCUCCCCCAGCCAGGAGAGCAUUGGAGCACGCUCACGAGGGUCUGGUCACUCACAGGAACAGCCUGGCUCCCAGCCCAGUGGUGGGGACCCUGGCACCCCACAGGAGAGGAACCUUCCAGAGGGCACAGAGCGGCCCCCUAAGCUUUGUGCUCCCCAAGGGCCUCCCCCUUAUGUUUUUAUGUACCCCCAGGGCUCGCCCUCCAGCCCAGCCCCAGGGCCGCCUCUGGGUACACCCCGGGCCUUCUCCUACUUGGCUGGCUCCCCUGCCACUCCUCCAGAUCCACCUCGGCCCAAGCGCCGGUCCCACAGCCUAAGCCGCCCUGGCCCAGCCGAAGGGGAAGCAGAGGGGGAGGCUGAGGGGCCAGUGGGCAGUGCCCUGGGCAGUUACGCCACUCUUACUCGGCGACCAGGACGCAGUGCGCUAGCCCGGACCAGCCCUAGCCAGACCCCAGCUCGAGGGGCUCCCCGGAGCCAGUCCUUUGCCCUCCGGGCCCGACGCAAAGGCCCCCCACCCCCUCCCCCUAAGCGCCUCAGCUCUGUCUCUGGUCCCACCCCGGAGCCACCUCCAUUAGAUGGAAGCCCAGGACCUAAGGAGGGGGCCCCAGGGCCCCGAAGGCGAACACUGAGUGAACCAACUGGCCCAUCGGAGCCCCCUGGCCUUCCUGCCCCAGCUGGCCCCUCAUCAGACACAGAGGAGGAGGAGCCUGGGCCGGAGGGGACACCCCCAUCUCGGGGCAGCUCAGGGGAAGGGCUCCCAUUUGCAGAGGAGGGGAACCUGACUAUCAAACAGCGGCCAAAGCCAGCCGGCCCCCCACCCCGGGAGAUACCAGUGCCCGUCGGCCUGGACUUCAACCUGACAGAGUCAGACACUGUUAAACGGAGGCCCAAAUGCCGGGAGAGAGAGCCACUGCAGACUGCACUUCUGGCCUUCGGAGUGGCCAGCGCCACGUCCAGCCCCUCUGCGCCCGUGCCUCCCCAGACCCCCAGCGAGUGCCCCUCAGCUUCCCCUAGCCCUCCUCGGCCUGACCCUAGCAGCCUCCCAACUCCAGGAGCUUCAGCCCCUCUUCCUCCCAGCCCCCCAGCCCAGCCCUCUGUGUCCCCCUGCCCUGGGCCGGCUCUGGAAAACUCGGCAGGCAGUCGGCGGCCUGGGGAGCCGGAGCCCCCAGCUGCCCCUGCUGCCCUCAUCAAGGUGCCUGGAACAGGAGCAGCUCCCAAGCCUGUGUCUGUGGCCUGUACCCAGCUGGCAUUUUCUGGCCCUAAGCUGGCUCCCCGGCUUGGCCCUCGCCCGGUACCCCCUCCAAGGCCGGAGAGCACUGGGGCCGCGGGCUCAGGCCGUGCCCAGCAGAGACUGGAGCAGACCAGCUCAUCCCUGGCAGCUGCACUGCGGGCAGCAGAGAAGAGCAUUGGCACUGAGGAGCGAGAAGGCCCCCCCAGCACCUCCACCAAGCACAUUCUGGAUGACAUUAGCACCAUGUUUGAUGCCUUGGCUGACCAGCUGGAUGCCAUGUUGGAUUGAGCUAGACCCAUCUGCAGCCUCGGUGGCGCUCACUGUGACCUGCAGCGUCCAUUGCUUUUGCCCCAACGCAGAGGAAGCUCCUGCUGCUCCAAGCUAGUGGCAGUCAGCACUGCAGUUCUCGGGGGACCACCCCCACAGGGGCCAAGGGAACUUGUCAGCAGCUGACAUCUCAGCAAAACCCCCUCCCAGUGUGUAACCUGAGUGAAGAGCCCCACCCCUUGGACAGGGACCGUGGUAAGAGCUUCCUCCCCAGGAAGAAAGAGGUGGUGGCAGAGCUUCUAGGGUGCUGUCUCUGACCCCCCCAAGUGUCUCAAGUUCCUGUGCCAAGGUCCUCUUGCCACCUGCUGUGCUGUCCUGGUGCUGAGAGGCUGGAGGAGGUGGUGUGUCUGGCCAGGUCCCUGCAGGUGUACAUAGGACAUGUAUAUAAGCCACCAGGGGCCUGCUUAGCCACGGUGGCAGUGCCCAGGCCAGACCUUGGUCCCUCCCCUGCCUGCCCUCAGUGAGGCAAAGCUGGCGGGGGUGGGGGCAGUGGGAUUAACAGAUCCCCAAAGUCCAAACUUUUUCAACUGUAAAUAUUUUUUAAGCAGAGAGAAAUGCAUCUAUUUUAAAUGGAAUUUAUUCUAUCUAUAACUGCCUGAGAAGACGCAGUUGGGGAGGGGCUUCGAACCACAGCGAGGAUGCCCAUUGCCCAUCUGGGGGCUGGAAGCCUGACCUGGUUGGCCCAGGCCCCGGUUCUGUAACCAUUAACCUCUUACCCCAACUAACACCAAUGAAAGUGUCAUUCCACA